AAAUAAUUCCAUCCAAAACUUGCAAAGCCUCUCUUAUAUAUUAAUCCACACUCAUUUCAAUCUGUUUGUAGUACUCUUCUUAAAGCAAAGCCUCUCUUCAUCAAAGUUGGCUUCUUUUCCUUAGUAGAGAACUAUCCAUCCUUGAGCAUGGCAGGUCCUCCACAGCCACCGCCGCGAGCUGGCCCCUCGAGGAUAUUGCGCUUUGUCUUAAUGUUCAUAGUGGCAUUGAUCAUACUCGUUGGCCUCGCCGUGCUCAUUAUUUGGCUGACCAUUAGGCCGAAACGACUAAGCUACACGGUGGAAAGCGCUUCGGUCCACAACUUUGACAUGACCAGCACCCAACUCAAUGCCUCCUUUAGCUUUGGGGUAAGAGCAUAUAAUCCCAAUAAACGAGUCGCAAUUUACUAUGAUUCCAUCACUGCCACGGUUGGCUUCGGCGAUCAAGACUUGGCGUUCGGUGUGCUCAGUCCCUUCUACCAACCUCACAAAGACGAGCGAUGGUUGAACAUCCACCUCGACGCUCAAAACUUUCUAUUGCAUGACUCCGUGUCGAAGGAUUUGGCGCUCGAAAGGGCUGCGGGAGAGAUGGAUUUGGAUCUUUGGAUCAAGGCAAGAAUUAGGUUUAAGGUCGGGGUAUGGAAGUCGGCGCAUAGGACGCUUCGAAUUCGGUGUUCGCCGGUGAUUGUCUACUUGUCUAAAUCCCAGACUUUCAAGAAGACUACUUGCUUUACAGAAGUCUAAGGCUAUGGAAUUUGGUUUUGCUUUAUCAAAAGUGUUUUUUUUCCUUACCUUCUGAAAAUUGUAUUGUUGGUGUGAUUGUUGGGUUAAUCUUUCAAGUGUUGAAUUUGUGAGCUGUGAUUGUUGCUUUGGUUUGUCUUUAUGUAUAUGCUCUUUUUUAUCAUUUUUUUGGUCAGUAUAAAUGUCACUCCAUUCUUUAACAAAUAAGUGCAACCAAUUGUAAUUU